UAUUUUCUUCCUCUGGUCCUCAUAUAUAAAAAGAUGAGCUUUUGCACGAAACUUAUCUCAACUUCUCAACUUCAUUUUCUUUCGUUCAUCGGUUUGUAUACGCUUCUGAUCAAAACCCUUUUCAUCUUGAUCUUUCUUGCUCAAUUUUAGCCAUGGAAAUCGUAGAAAACUUGGGAGAUAUUCUGUUCAAGGUGGGCUUGUUUGUUUUAGUUCAGGCUCUAGUAUAUCUUGUUCUAUCUCAGUCUUCCAACGUGUUCUCAAAAACACAAAGGUCCUUCAGUUUCAAGCCAGCUCGGUCCAUCAGCAUCCAGCGCAUGGCCGCGGCUUUGGCUGAUAUGCCGGCCGGAGGCGAGUCGUCACCCACUGUAAAUGAUGGAAGAUCUCUCACCAGACAGAGGUCAACCGCGCAGGAUUGAUUAUAAGAGUUUUAUAGCUUUGCAUAAAACAUUAUGCCAAGAUUUUGUUGAUGAAUUCGUGAUUAUUUUUUUGAACUUUGGUGUGCUUAGGUAUUGGUUUGUUCUGUGAGUUAAGACACUAUUCUCAUUGUAUUUUUGUAUAUAUUAUUGAUCUUCAUUUGUUCUCAACAACAACAUUACAAUUUGCUUUUAGUUUGAAAGUUUGAAGGUUUGUCAUAUGGUACUGGUACUUAUUACCUGUAUGAAAUAAAGAGAAAAGGA